AAAAGAAGCAGAGAGGGAAAGGAAAACCAAAACCCCUCCCAAAUACUUUUAGCUGCCGAUCAAAUCCGUUUCAGAUCACUGUAUACUGUUUCCACUUCCUGGAAACCCGCUUCGUGUUUCUGCUUUCGGUGUGAUUUGGUGAAGAUUGGUGGUGGAGGCGGCGGCGGAUGAUUGGAUUUAAAUAUGGCGGAGCAACCGUCGCAGUUGAUGCAGAGAUUGAAAGAGAACAAACUGUUCAAGAUGGUCUUCGCCGUAGCUGGAAUCAUGUCAACACUUCUUGUUUACGGAGUCUUACAGGAAAAGAUUAUGAGAGUUCCAUAUGGUCCAAACAAAGAAUAUUUUAAGUACUCAUUGUUUCUUGUCUUCUGCAACCGCAUCACCACUUCUGCUGUAUCUGGAGGAUUCUUACUGGCAAGUAAAACUGUCCUGGACCCUGUUGCUCCAAUUUACAAGUAUUGUGUUGUAUCGGUGUCUAAUAUACUCACUACAACGUGCCAGUAUGAGGCCCUUAAAUACGUCAGUUUCCCAGUGCAGACGCUGGCAAAAUGUGCUAAGAUGAUACCUGUAAUGAUUUGGGGCACUUUUAUCAUGCAAAAGAAGUAUACUGGACGUGAUUAUCUAUUUGCCUUCUUGGUGACCCUUGGAUGCUCAAUUUUUAUAUUAUUUCCGGCAGAAGGUGACAUUAGUCCAUACAGUAGAGGAAGGGAAAGCACGGUUUGGGGUGUUUCCUUGAUGCUUGGUUAUCUUGGGUUUGAUGGGUUCACAAGCACAUUUCAGGAUAAACUUUUCAAAGGCUAUGAUAUGGGGAUACACAAUCAGAUAUUUUACACAACACUGUGUUCUUGCAUGAUCAGCUUCACUGGUCUACUCUUACAAGGCAAUCUUCCCAUGGCUAUAGAUUUUGUUACCCGGCACAAUGAUUGCUUUAUUGACAUCAUAAUUUUGUCAACUGUGGCGACAGUUAGUCAAUUCUUCAUUUCUUACACAAUCCGUAAUUUUGGUGCUCUUGCCUUUGCCACCAUAAUGACCACAAGACAGUUGGUAAGCAUUCUAUUGUCCUGCGUGUGGUUUGCUCACCCACUCAGUGCAGAACAAUUGAUCGGAGCAGUUAUUGUCUUUGGUACCUUGUACUCGAAAAGCUUCUUAAAAAGUAAGCCGGUGCCUUUGUCCUCAGAACAAACAGAGAAUGAGGCUUCUGCUCCAGCGAGGGCUAACACAUAACACAUCGGCAUCGUAACUAGGGACGUGCUAUAUCCCUCUCUGUUCAGGGGCUUAAGAUCGCUAAUCUCUUUAACUAGUUGUUGAAUGAUGGCUGUCCUUGUGACUUCUAAAGCUGGGGCUCUAUCUACAUAUUUGAGAAGAACGGCUUUGCUUGGAGUAAUUUUACCUGAAACUCCUGCAAGCAUAAAAUGAUUCCAGACUUGUCUCAAGUAACAAGCAGCUGAUGUACCCUCUGAAGCUUCACUACCAUGGCCCAUCUUUUUACAGGUAGAAAGUUUACUAUCCGUACAACAAGAAUGAUCCCCUUAGUGAAAACUUUUUGUGGCUGCUCUUUGUUCUCUCAACCUCUAUCUUCAUAGAAAUUUUGCGAAGUAUGCUGAUGACUAGUGGAAAAGGAGAAACGUUAUUGCGUAACAGUUACUGCAAAGGUUUAGAAUUCUUCUUUUUUGACCCAAAUGAUAGGGAUUUUAUCAUUACCUGUAGAUCUUCUCAAAGUCACUCAAAAACUCUUAUUUUAAACAAAUCUGAUAUAUCAUAGACAAAUGAGAUGCUAUACACCCCUUAAAUCAUCAUAUUCGUUAGACUGUUAUAGUUUCUAUAUAUUCUUUUAAGUUGAAGGAUAAAGGAUUAUGUACACCAUUACGGCUUGAGUAUCAAUUAUCAACAGUUAUACAAAUCAGCAUCUAAUAGUAAUCUUUGUA